AUGAAGACCAAGGCGAAAAAGAAAGAAAUCCUGGAGAAGAAAAAAAAGGAAAACAAGAAAUUUCUACGGUUUGUUAAGACGAACCAAAAAUAUGAAAAAUUUCAAAAAGCAAUUUUGAACGGAAAGGGAUCCAAGCUAAACCAUAACAAUAAAAAACCAACACAAAAAAUUAAAAUUAAGAGCAAAGAAACUGUUCCCAUUCAUGUCAAAACAUUUGAUAACAUCAUUGAACCCAACACAUUUUCCAAAGCAUAUGACUUCAUAUUCGACAGAGUAGUCAACGAUCACGUGAAAAAUCUCCUCUACGACACACAUAUGUUGUAUUGCAAUUUUGACUUAUCCACAAUUUACAACGUAGGGAAGGCAUACAAUUUCCCCAUCAACCUAAUUCACUCCUACUACAUGGACGUGAUCAUCCUAGUCAGCGAUGAGAGCGAGAAGUGGAGAAACAUGGUUAUAGAGAAUAAAAUCAAGAGGGUCAUUACGUAUGACAAAUUUGAAGGCAUUUACUACAAAGACGACAUGCUAAACGAGCAAAUAAGUAAAUAUGACCUGUUCAUUUUUGAUGCCACCAUACGGACCAAGAAAUAUGCGCACAUCAUUUCCAGGAUUAAGAAGAACAACAAAACGUUCACGACGUUACAAUUAGACGAAGACACAUUUGUGGACAGCGUAGACAAAGUUAUCAGGAGGACCUACACCGACCUGAAUAAAGGAUCGACACACUCUGUCCCCAUCGGGUAUCUUAGCCUAGGAAAGGAUAAGCUCUUUGACAACAUAAGGGAGACGACAAAAGGAAUGCUCCAGUUUUAUGACCAAAAAAAAAUGUCAGUCGUGUCAAUCAACUUAAGGUACGUAAACAUGACCAUCCCCGUGUACAUACACGUCUUAAAGGAUGGUGUCGCGUCGGACUACUGA